AGCCAAAUUUGAUUUCUCAGUACUUAACUAAAUUCGAACGUGUCGGGUUUAAAGUGAUGGUAGAAAAGUGAAAUUCUGCUGGCAAGCGGAAAUCUUGCACGCGCUGUGGGAAACACAACGAAGGCGGAUACUCGAGUAAACGAGACAAAAACGAAACGGACACAUACAUACAUACAUCUACAUACGUCACUCAACAAAUAUUUAUAUUCUUCCACUGUGACGUAAUGGUUCUUUUUACUAUUAGUUAAUGAAAUCAAAAAUUCUUUAACGUUUUUAAAGCCGGUUUUCGUGGUGAAGUUUUCCAGUGUUCAUUUGCCAGUCGAAGCGAAUAGUCCGUUUUCACACACAAUAUUUCCCAUACUUGUAUUUGUGCACGACAUCCGACGCAGACAAAUAAUUUUCUAGUGCGUGUAAUUUGUAUAAAAAAAAAUCGCGAAGUGUGCCUUAUGACCAACGUCAUUAAUUGUCAAACUGAUUAAGCAUAGCAACGCUGCAGACCACAACAAACCAAAAAAUUUGUAUUGAAUACACUUUAUUUACAAAAGUUCUAAAGUGCUGAGUAAAACGUAAUAAUUUUAGAAUUUACCGCAAGUUCAAUAAUACAGAUUGCUACUUGGUUGGUAUUUAAGACAGCUAAAUAAACCAAAAUCGAUAUGUCUUCGACGAAGUUCAUUGCCAUUCUGCCUCAACCUACACAGCCGGGCGAUAAAAUUCAAAUUAGUGGCAGAAUAAGCGACCAUGCAGAAAAAUUUUCCAUAAACUUCGCGAAUGAGGUCAACGAGAAUCCACAAUCGAUCACCUAUAGCUUCAAUUGGGACCUGGCUAAUAAAAUGCUUAUUGAGGACUAUAAAGAGGACGACGAAUGGAAGAACAGAAUAGAAACUGAAUUUGAUACAUUUGAUGGUCGGUUCAAAAAUAAAGCUAUUAACGAUAGUAUAAGCAACCGCUUUAUUGACAAUAACACAAUUGCAGACACUACUGACACAUUUCCACAUUCAUAUUCUCUUUUAGAGCCGGAAUUCGCCCUAGAAUUCGCAUUCCAAGAUGACGGCAUCUAUGUGUACUUGGUAUCCGAAGAUGGCCGAAAUCUUGUCACACAUUAUCAACCCGAGAUCGAUUUUCAAUUCAUCGAAUCGGUACAAGUGUGUGACGAUGUGGAAAAAGUCACACAAUUAACAUUCUCUUACAAUUAGGCGCCAAUUACAAAUUUUCGCAAUUGCAAAAUCUGCCAAAAAGUAAUACAUUUGUUCUUGCUGUUGCAGUUGUUGCACGAACAAUGGCAACUGCAAUGGAACACCGCGCUGAACCGCUCGUGGUUGGAAGAAAUGCUAGUAAGCGUAGUUUUUGAUUGAUUGAUUUAUUUAAUUUCCUUAUUUAAGCUUGAACUCAUGCAACAGCAAAAAAAAGUAUUAUGAAUUCUGUUGAUUUUGUUUUCACUUCUAAUAAUUCAACUACUUUUUCACUAAAAUUUAUUUAUUUACGAAUCUCCUUUUGAUAAGUAAUUUCGCAGUUUUAGUUUUUAAUUUUUUUUUAACUUUUUUAGUAUUAAUGAAACGAAAAGUAUUAAACAUUGGCACUUAUUUACCUUAAUCUCAGGCGCAGCAAACCGUUCUGUGGCACGAAUCCCUGGCAUUACAAGAUCUCACGUGGCAAGUCAAUUACACCACCCCACCCCCGCAACCAUGCCUUGCAUUAAGCAACCAAAAUAUGCACAAAAUGCAUGCUUAUGUACACAUACUUACCUAUAUUUACAUAUGUGUAUGUGUACCCAUGCACCGUGCCAUUUGAUUAGCACUGCUCAAACCCGUUUCCGUACAAGUGGGAUUGAUAUACGUAACUUUUGCAUGUACGCAUUAAGCGCCGCUGCCAUCUAAGUUCUUAAGUAUUGAUUAAGCUAACGCUAAGCAUGAGCCGCAAGUAUUCUAUUUAAAAUAUUCUAUAACUGUACUAACAAUUUUGCAAUUGAAUGUUGUCUAAAUACCAAAGAUCAAGUGUAAGCAAAUAAACACAAAAUAUUACAUAUAACUACAUACAUUUAUAAAAUAUAUAUAUAUCUAUAUAUGUAU